AUGUGGAUCGGCACGGCUCCCUGGCCGCCCUGCUGCUCCGGCUUCUCCGGGCAGGCCAGGCCCAGUCCUGGCGGGGUUGGGUGUGGUGCCGACGCUGUGACGCGCGACAACAGUCGGCAAACGCCGUGGUCCAGCUACAGGACCGCAGCCUCCGGAUUAUCCAGUGUGGAGGCCUCCCAUGCCGCAUCGCCGAGGAGCAUGGCAUCAUCCUGCACGUGCAGUGCCGCGAAUGCGCCAAGUCACAGCACGGACGCGGUCGAGCGCACUCUCGCGAACUUGUUGGUGGAGCCCGCCUGCGUCGAGCCCUCCUAG